UACAUGGAUUAAUACAUCGGAGCGGAAACAUAAAAAUGGGAGACCUGGAGUGUGGCUUUGAAGAAAUGCAAGGGGUGAGAUUGGGAUACCUGCUCAUCAAAGGCAAGCAAAUGUUUGCUUUGUCUCAGGUCUUCACCGACCUGCUGAAGAACAUCCCCCGGACCACGGUGCACAAGCGCAUGGACCACCUGAACGUGAAAAAGCAUCACUGCGACCUGGAGGAGCUGCGGAAGCUUAAAGCAAUAAACUCUAUAGCUUUCCAUGCCGCUAAAUGCACCCUCAUAUCGCGGGAGGACGUGGAGGCUCUGUAUUUCUCCUGCAAGACGGAGCGGGUGUUAAAGUCCAACAAAAGGAAAGCGAAAGCAAUGUGUUCCCCCGGGGAUGAGGAAGCAUCCCCGGGGCUCCUCCAUGCGGACGCCGAACUGUGGAAGGAAAAAGUUUGGUUUAGUUUGCACGGUGUCCCGGAGACUCUCACACUUCACAACAAAACAGGCAGGAAGAGAGAGCUGACUCCUUGCCUUACCGACUCCAAACUACCUCAAUUUUACCACAAAACCAACGGACGGGAGCACCGUUCCGUGACUAAGCCCAGUCACAAACACUUUAAAAACUAUGAAACCGCUAAAAUAGCAGGGAAUCGUGUUACUUUGAGCCAAAGGCACUCGUUUUUCAGGAGCGCGGUGAGCCGGCAGCCGGCGGGGCUUCAGUCCGCCAUAGCUGCUCAGUCCAGGCUCUCGCGCUCAGCCGGCGACCUACUUCACAAAAGGAAGAGGAGGCGCGAGGGGGGCGGCGGCGGCAGGGACAGCGCGAGGCACUCGUGGAGCAGGAGCAGACACGCGCACCACCACAUCCCGCCGGUGCUGCUCGUACAACCCAAAUCACCCGGCGGUCACGGGACUUCUUUUGGUGCUUUUCACAUCGGUCCGGAUUUCUAUCUUGACCCCAGACCUCACCAUCACCACCACCACCAGCAUCACCAUCAUCAUCACCACCACCACCACGAGCCGAGUUUCCCGGAGAGUUACAGCAGCGACACCGAGUCCAGCACCUACUCCGACCGGGCGUACCCAGACUCGGACUUUGGGUCUGGCCUCUCCACCUCCAGCAACUCCGGGAGCUCCGAGGAGGAAGAGGAGGGCGAGGACGAAGAUGACACGCAGUCAGAGAGUUCAGAUGUCAGCUCAGACGAGGAGGAAAGCUCCUCUCAGUCCGACUCGAGCUCUGUUUCAAGCCGUGUUUCGGUCCAGAGCAUCAGGUUCAGACGGGCCCGGGUCGGUUCUCUCGCCAAAUCUCUCAACACUAGUAAAGCACCUUUGGUCCUGCAGCCCACGUUUCACUACAACAACCAGUAUCAACUUGAGAAACAGCACAGGACACUGGGCCAUGUUGCCGCUUCACAGCCAGGGGACAGACAGGAGAAACGUCAGAAAUGUGAAUUUAUAUGCAGUGAAACUAAAAAGGACUUUGGACCCUUACAGCCACCAAAAUUUAACUCAACUGUCAUGGGGGAGAGCUUUUUCACUGAGUCGAAAAGGGGGAAAGCGUUUGAGGCUGAUCCAAACAGGGCUGGCCGUGUGGUCGAGCAGGCCCCUUAUUCACCGGGACCCGACCGGAAAAAGGCCUUUCACCCCUCACGCAGGACACCGGGGCAUCCCACCAAGUGCCCCCCGGCGCUGAGCGCUCAGUGUGACCAGGACAAAGAAGCCAAGCUCCCCAAAUGUACCGACAAAAGGGAGGCGAAAGCCAGCAGCCUAAAACCGCCCACUCCACUGAAAAAAAUAAAGAUCGAGCCAGAGGAGCUCUGUGUGACCGCAGCCCCCCACUCGGACAGCGGCAGGACAACCAGGACGCCACCCUUCAACCUCCACAAUGUGAAAGUUAAAGUGGAAGAAAGCUGUGAUGAAUAUGAAUACCAGAGCCAGGCCACUGUAGUCAAAUGUAAAGAAGAUAAGACAGAGAGCAGCAAUGGGCAAUAUCCCAUCAAACACGGGGAUCUUUUCAACAGCGGGAUUAAAGCCACAGAGAAGAGCCCUGAUGUGCCCCCCAGGUCCCCGUCUGGUCCUCAGGAAUACAGGAGCACCCAGAACAGCCCAUGUAUGGAGGAGUGGGAGCACAGUAACAAAACCUGCAGGGUUCCGGUACUGGGGAGAAAAAAAACCCGAGUUUCCAGGACGCAAACAAAACAAAACGUGCCCAGGGUCAACAAGACUGCCUCUUCUUCUUCUUCGUCUUCUUCGUCUUCUUCUCGCCCCUCGGGCUGCGAGGAAGUAUCCACGGUGGAUUUACCGAGCAGACGCAAACGCAGCACCGUAGCAUCGCCUACAAAAAUGCCUUUCAACCUGAUGGCAAAUUUCCCAUCCCUGCCUUCUCUGGUUGUUGGCAGCGACGGGGAUUUGUGCCCUGCUUACUCCCUGAACUCGCUGAGGGGCCCCGGGCCUCCCCCUCCGUCCCACCCCGUGUGGAGGUGGCAGCCAGGCGGCCAGAUUCUCCCUCCCCCACACGCUCAGAGAACUAGGAAAUGCUGAGCUGUUUUAUAAGCAAGAAAAAACAAAAGCCCCCACCUUGUCCAUUUCCAACCUAAUCGUAGUCUUAAAGCGAGCUGGCCAAAUUGCACGCAACUUAAUCGGCGUUUAUUAUUAUUUUCUGUGAAUGGGUUUGCAUUCCGCUUUGUUUUGAAGUUUGAAAGAGGAAACCCCAUAAGAUCCCCCUCUUGUAGCCUCCGAAAACGCCCACAGAAUUGUGAGACACCGCUCGUGGAUUUAUAUGCUUAAAAACUUUGAAAUAAGCUAUCAAUCCUAAGCAAUAGGCCGAUGUAAGGUUCUCGUUAUUGUGUUUACUUGACUUUUUUGUUGUUGAUUAUUUUGUCUUCGCUUUUCUAUGCUGACCUGUUGGAUUGUAUGGUGCAGUGUUUCAGUGGGCUGUGCUUUGUCUGAAAGAGGAAGGGGGUUAAAAAAGAAUUGUCAGGAUUCAUUGAGAAGAGCCUACUCUUAAGCUGGGACUGAUAGCAAGAUUGACUUGGUAAAUAAAAGAAAAUCAGGGUUUCCCAUUCUGUGCCACCUGGUAUAUUUUAUAUAUCAAAGCUGUGUUUUCUUUCAAUGGUCCAAGUGUUCAAUUUUAGAAAAUUAUUAAAAAAUUGGUUUAUUAAUGUAGCCUAUAUCUGUAUACAUGCUCACAGUUCAGCCUUUAUUAGAAUUGACAGGAGUGAUUUUCUGGGGGUCGUGGGUUUUUUUCUAGAGUGUUUUUGAUACAGUUUCAAGUCUUGUUUUUAUUUCUGAGGAGUAUUUCCUGGUUUGCAAAUGUGGGAUUGUGCACAGACGCAGGCCCAGACACAACAAAGGCCUUAUGUACAGACAAUCAAAAAGAAUAAGGCUCAGAGAGCUUCAUAACACGUCAUGUCCCACGAUAGACUCGAGUUAUGUCCCUCCUGGUUCACUUGGCCACCGAUUUCUCCUGCAGACCAUGUCUGUGCCAAGGGCAGUCUGGAUCUGCGUUUAGAGCACGAACAUAAGUUAAAAAAAAAAGUAAAAGAUAGACAUAAUAACAAUGUCCAAGAUUGGCUGUGGGUGGUAUGAGGUUCAGGAGUCACAGUGGGGAAAACAGCGAGGAACACCUCCCAGCUACUCUGGCCACUCAGAAACAAUGCGACAAAGCCCAAGCGAUAGAUAGGCUUAAAUGCAUCCCACUUUGAUACUGUUGGGGGUCUUGUUUCAGCUGUAGGGUUGUAGCCUGUGAAAUGAUGUCUGAGCUAUGCUGAUUGCAAAAAAAAAAAAAAACGACAUUUGGUUGUAGACACAAAGGCCAAACUCAUUUGACUGCUAUCUGAAUAUUUAGGACUCACCCAUAUGAGUUCCUAACCAUGCCAUGGUGGUUUUCUGAUUUUCUAUAAUUUAAUAAUACGCUAAUUUCCCUGAAGGUACUGCUGUUCAUGAUCCUAUUUUUAGAUGAAGUCAAUUGUCUCGAUCUGUGCUGGAAAUAAUCUCCAAUUAGUUCCUAUUAUUGGACAACCAAAAUAGUUUUUAAGAUAUUGCUUUCUUUAUUUGUUAAGGAGCCUCCAUCACCAUCCCAUUAUCUUUUAAUGUAGCCUUUGAAUGUGGCCGCCCAGUGAAUGUAGUACCCCAGACCUGUUUCAUUUAGGCCUACUCCCGAAAUUCAGCAAUAGACUUCAGUGUACACACCUUUAAGCAAAAGUAAAUAAACCUACAUGUGGGUAUUUUUAAGUAAAUGCGUAGAAGUUGUUAAUGGCAGCGCAGGACGCUCUCUACUAAUUGGCAGGCUUUUCUGUCUGCGACAAAGAGAGGCCCGUCUUAUAGCGAGCCAGAUGACAACAAACCCAAAGCCCGUGAAUGAUGUCAGACCCUCACAAGCACAGUAAAGGGUGCAUUCAUUCAGAUGAUUGUAGAAACCAUUUAAUGGGCGAUUGUAAAAAGAGUAAGAAAUGUACAAAAAGUGAGUUUCACUCCGCUUAAACUAGUGUGGAUACAUAUGGUAGAUCGCCACUCCACGGCCAUGACGCCCCAAACUCACCGUGGGCCUUAUUUCUGAGGCUGGAGCGACAAUUCAAACUUGAACUCAUAUUCUCAGCCUGUAAACCGGCUAUUUUUGCAGCCGUGACACAAGCUGGUAUAUGAGCAGGCCAGCAGUAAAACGGAGGGGGUUGCACAGGGUUGAGAGGGGGAGUUGCUGCAAGAGCGAAGCUUUCAACCUUUAAUCCGCAUAGGCUGCACGGCACAGGAAGAAGAGGAAUAGCUUGCGCCCAAAGCGGGUUUGCCCCCCUGACGCACCAGCCUAUUCUCACGCAGGACUCACAAUGCACGGCUGAGGGACAGAGAUGGUGGUAAUGGCCUGUUGGGAGGGUCUUUCCACCGUUAAGACAAAUAGCUCUCUGACAGUGACGCUAUCAAUGUAAACAAUUGCAUCGUGCAGCAGCUAGAGGCUGCGUGCACUCUCUCCCCCCUCCCCCUCCCCCCUUCCUCCUCCUCUUCCCUUACUUCCCUGCCCUCCUCAUUCACUCAUUCACUUCUCUUUUUUAAUACAAUACUUGAGGUCAGGUUUUUGACAUGGAAUUUGAAGUCACUGGUUGUUUAUAUGAAACUGAAUAUUUAUUUUUGUGAUUUUUUUUCUUUUCUUUUUCUGGGGUAUCUUGUACAUUGAUCUUGUUGUUGUGAAUAUAUAUAGAACAACUGCACUCGAAAUGGAAACUUGAACGGUGGAUUUCUGAAGCACUUUCCCUUUCUUUAUUAAUUAUGAAGCAUUCAUUAAACGCGACUGAGUGUAA